GCCUCCGGUUCUUGUUCUCACGGACAGAGCGAGAUAGGCGGGGCACAGAUGGGUUCGUCGGCGGCGGCGGAUGUCAGCUUGGAUUUGAAGCUGUUCACGGCGAGAACCGUCGCCGGUUUCCUGAAGGAGGCGUUGGUGAUGGAGAUCGGAGACGGGAGGGUGGCGAAGCUGGAGGAGUCCGUGAGGAGCCUGGAGGAGGAGAAGAGGAAGAUCGAAGCUUUCAAGCGGGAGCUCCCUCUCUGCAUGCAUCUGCUCACCGAUGUGAUCGAGGGGUUGGAGAAGGAGCUGGAGAAAUGCAGGGGCGAGAGAUGCGCGCGCGUCUUCGGUGAAUCCAUACCCAUCAAGGAAAAAUUUGAAGAGGAAGGAAGGGAAAAAGUUGAAAAGGAUUGCGAGGCGAAGAUGAACUGGAUGAGUUCUGCGCAGCUCUGGAGCGACAACCCCAACAGAAACAAUUGCAAGGACAAUAAGAAUGAGAAGAAAGUCACACCAGAGGGAGGCGGAGAGCUCAAACGCCAGCAGAAGAAGGAGAACUUGUUCCUGGAAUCCAAGAGCCUGAGCGGCGGUGGCGCGUUCGUGCCAUUCAAAGGCCUAUCAGCCGUCACAGCGAACGGGGAGGAAGGGAAGCCCACCGUCGCCUUGCCAGACCUGUCGCUUCAGGCGCCUGCAAUGGACAACGGAGCCCUCACUCUUUCUGCCGUCACCGAGGGCCACUUUGUCAGUGGCUCAGGCUCCAAGGGCGCCGGUAGGGCUCCGACCUCAGCUCCGGCGACGGCCGGUGACCACCCGAGCUCGCAGGCACAGCAGCCGCCGCCAAGGAAAGUGCGACGGUGCUGGUCGCCGGAGCUGCAUCGCCGGUUCCUCUUCGCCCUUCAGAAGCUCGGCGGCGCCCAAGUGGCGACUCCUAAGCAGAUUAGAGAACUGAUGAAGGUGGACGGCCUCACCAACGAUGAAGUGAAAAGCCAUCUGCAGAAAUAUCGUCUGCAUGCUCGACGGAUGCCUAAUUCUUCAGACGCUGUGAACCGACGUGUUGCAGUUGCAGGAGGCGUGUGGGUUCCCGAGGAGCAGUAUAGCAAUUCCUCGCAGCAGAGUGUUUCUCAAUCUGGCUCUCCACAGAGCCCUCUUCAGCUAGCUGGGGCUACUCCAGUGGUGUCUGUUACUGCCGGAGAUAGCUGCGAGGAAGAAGAUGGGAAGUCAGAGAGCUUUAGCUGGAAAUGAUGAAACUUACUGCUUCAUAUACUCGAGAAGAAGGUUCAAAUAUUGGAGAGUUCAUGAAAUCCAUGUAUAGAGAGAGCUUUAGAGUUUUGCUGAUAGGAUAUAUGAGAGAAACUGAUGUGGUUGGAACAUAUAUAUAUUUUACAUAGGUUAAAGGAAGGCAUAGCUGAUGCUUGGCAGAGAAGUGACUGAGCUCUUGAAAGAAAACAUGAUUUUACAUUAGGUUAAAUCUUCCUCUCAUUCUUCCA